AUGGGUGUCCCAGCUCUUUUUCGAUGGCUCACUAAGAAGUACCCCAAGAUUAUCACUCCCGUGAUUGAGGAGCAACCGUAUGAGAUCGAUGGCGUGAAAUACCCCGUCGAUACAACCAAGCCGAACCCCAAUGGCGAAGAAAUGCAUAACCUCUAUCUUGAUUUCAAUGGAAUUGUUCACCCUUGCUCACAUCCCGAGAACAAGCCACCUCCAGCAAACGAAAGCGAAAUGAUGAUUGAGAUUUUCAAAUACACUGACCGUGUGGUGAACAUGGUAAGACCACGAAGACUUCUCAUGAUCGCAAUCGAUGGUGUCGCUCCUCGCGCUAAAAUGAAUCAGCAACGCGCUCGUCGGUUCCGGUCGGCGAUGGAUGCCAAAGAGGCGGAUGAGAAGAAGGCAGAAUUCCAGACACUUCUGCGACAACAACAGCAAGAUAGGAAUGAGACCGAGGAUGAAGAUUCGGCGGUUGAGGACGUAAUCAAGAAAACAUGGGAUAGCAAUGUCAUCACACCUGGCACGCCUUUCAUGUUCAUUCUUGCCCAGUCCAUCCGAUAUUGGGUCCAAUGGAAACUCAACACUGACCCGGCCUGGGCGGAAUUGAAAGUCAUCAUUUCGGACGCCAGUGUCCCAGGCGAAGGUGAGCAUAAGAUUAUGCAGUUCAUUCGUUCUCAACGCUCCGACCCUGAAUAUGAUCCCAAUACAAGACACGUCAUGUACGGUCUUGACGCAGACUUGAUCAUGCUCGGUAUUGCCACUCAUGAACCACAUUUCCGUGUCCUUCGAGAAGAUGUCAGUAUCAGAGAUGCCAAAGCCAAAACUUGCAAGCUUUGCGGCCAGCAAGGCCACUACGCGGAGAAUUGCAGAGGCAACGCCAAGGCAAAAGCCGGCGAAUACGACGAAAAGGGAAGGACAGAAGAGCUGAAGCCGUUUGUCUGGUUGAAUGUCCCAAUAUUGCGUGAGUAUCUUGGUGCGGAAAUGUUUGUUCCUGGUCAAUCAUUUCGUUUCGAUCUUGAGCGUGCUCUUGACGAUUGGGUCUUCAUGUGUUUCUUUGUUGGCAACGACUUUUUACCUCAUCUUCCCAGCCUCGAUAUCCACGAAGAUGGUAUUGACAAACUCAUUGCCAUUUGGAGGGACAAUAUCCCCAUCAUGGGAGGCUACCUGACCUGUGAUGGAAACGUCGAUCUUGCACGUGCUCAAGUGAUUCUGCAAGGGCUUGCCAAACAAGAAGAUGCCAUAUUUAAACGCAGAAAAGAAGUCGAGGACAGAAGGGAACGCAACCAGCGUCGACGAGAUCGAGAAAACGAGGCCCGAGAGGCCGAACGCAAUCCUAAGCGACGUCGAAGUUCUCCAGACUAUACCAGAGGCGGUCGAGUCGACACCCGGGCCCCGACUGGACCAGUUGAGACCUUUGAAGCCGCCAACUUCCCCGUGCUCGACUACAAUUCGAUCGUGAACCGAGGUGCUGUGGACAGAGCUUUGGCCUCCAACAAGAGCGCAGCCGCUGCAUUGAAAGAGCAAAUGCUGGCCAAAAAAGCGGCAGAGACUCCCAGUAGGAACGGCAUCAAUGGCGCCGAUGAAAGCUCUAGUGCAGGCGAAGGUACUCCUCUGUCUGCGUUGGGGAAGCGGAAGGCUGCAUUGAUGGAGGAAGAGUCUGACAGUGGCACACCUGGUCGCAACACUCCGGUGGAAAAGCCCCGGAAUAACGCUGAUCCCAAUGAUCCUCCACCAGAUACGGUGCGACUGUGGGAAGAAGGUUAUGCUGACCGGUACUACGAGCAAAAGUUUCACGUUUCUCCUCAAGAUAUCGAAUUCCGCCAUAAGGUUGCUAGAUCUUACGUCGAAGGGUUGUGCUGGGUGCUCCUCUACUAUUUCCAAGGGUGCCCAUCAUGGACCUGGUACUAUCCGUAUCAUUAUGCUCCAUUUGCGGCGGACUUCGUUGACAUUGAUAAGAUGACUGUCAAUUUUGAGAAGGGAAAGCCGUUCAAGCCGUAUGAACAGCUGAUGGGGGUUUUGCCUGCUUCUUCCAACCAUGCCAUUCCGGAAGUCUUCCACCCCCUUAUGACGGACAAAGACUCCGACAUUAUCGACUUUUAUCCGGAAGAGUUUGAGCUCGAUCUAAAUGGUAAAAAACAGUCUUGGAAAGCCGUUGUCCUGUUGCCCUUCAUCGACGAACGGCGCCUUCUCGCAGCCAUGGCCACCAAAUACCCCUUGUUGACGGAUGACGAGCGAGCCAGGAACGAGCCAGGAAAGGACGCCCUGAUCGUAUCGGACCAAAAUCCUCUCUACGACGAAUUAGUGAUGCAUUUUUACUCGAAAAAGUCCAAGGAUGGUAAAACCACGGUCCAGCUGCCAAUGCGAAAAGGCCGUCUCUCCGGGACCGUGACAAAGAACGAAGACUUUCUGCCUCAUAUGGACUUGGUUGGGCCCGAAGAAGACAUCAGGCUGGAGCCCGUCGUCGAUGACGAUCGUUCUCUGAGUGUUCACUUCACGGCUCCGCCUCCUACACAUGUGCACAAAUCCAUGUUGUUCCCCGGAGUUGUGCUCCCUCCUCCAGUACUGGACAAAAGUGACCUGGCCAUUCUUAGGUCGAAAGCGAGGACGUCGGGUCGGGACUUUGGUGGCGCGCCCCUUUACGACAAUACUCGGCGUGAUCCUCAAGAUACGCACAAUCGAGGUGGACGUAUCAAUUACGCUGCCGAUCGGCCACCCUUGGACGCAGGACCUCUAAGCAACUCGAGAGAUAAUCCGUUUGCCGCUUUUCUCGAUCCCAGAUUUGCUCCCGGAAUGCCAGGGCCAGGUCGUGUGCCUCCACCUCCGCCUCCCCAAAGAUAUGGAGGCCAAAAUGGCUACGAUUGGAAUCAAGCACCCAGCAAUGGAUAUGGAGGAUACGGUGGCGGCCAUGCAGGCUACAACAAUUAUCAAAAUCAAAGACGGGGAGGUCAAGAUCAAGCUUAUCACGGAAAUUCCGGUCAGAACCAGUACUACGGUGGUAACGGAGAGUAUCGUCAGAAUGUUGGUCGAAGUGUGAGCGAUAGCUACUAUCAAGGCCAAGGUCGGGGUUAUGCCGCUAGGGACGAUCGUCGCGGAAAUUAUGGUGACGGAUACGACCAGGGGAGAUAUGGGCGACGAUAG